AUGGAUCGAUUUAUAAGCAUGUGGAAGGUUCGGGAGCUGGCGGAUAAAGUAACCAAUGUAGUAAUGAACUACACAGAGGUGGAAGGCAAGGUGCGCGAGGCCACCUCUGACGAAGCGUGGGGCCCCACCGGCCAGCAGAUGCAAGAGCUGGCACUCGCCACCUUCACAUACGAGCACUUCCCAGAAGUCAUGUCCAUGCUGUGGAGGAGAAUGCUACAUGACAACAGAUCACAUUGGAGACGCACAUAUAAGUGUCUACUCCUCCUGAGCUACUUGGUGCGCAAUGGGUCAGAGCGGGUUGUGACGUCAGCUCGCGAGCACAUAUACGAUCUGCGCUCCUUGGAGAACUACACCUUUGUGGACGACGUGGGCAAGGAUCAGGGUAUCAAUGUAAGGCACAAAGUCCGCGAGCUAAUCGACUUUAUCCAGGACGAUGAGAAGUUGAGGGAGGAAAGGAAGAAGGCGAAGAAGAACAAGGAUAAAUAUAUUGGUAUGUCUUCGGAAGCGAUAGUGAUGGGCGCGAGGAGUGGUGGCGGCGGCGGCGGGGGCUGGGGCGAGUACAGUGACCGCGGCACCACGUGGGAUGACAACAAAGACAGAAAUGACGAGGACGACUACGAGAGGGAGGACUCUGACGGAGAGUACGGGCACAGGAAACCUAACAAAGAGAACGUGUACCACGACGCGGAGGUGAUCGCGGAGAGCCCGCCGCCGCGCGCGCUCAGCCUGCGCCUGCGCAGCCCCGCCAAACCCGCGCCCUCCAGGCCCGUGCCCACCACGCCCAGCAAGAAGAUCGACCUCGGUGCUGCAGCAACGUACGGUAAAACAACCACCACACCAGCCUCAGGUCUAGCCCCAGCAGCCGGUCUGGCCCCAGGUCUAUCCCCAGCGUCGGGUCUGGGACCUGGUGUAGCUUCGAGUACGACCAACUCCCAGGAAUUACUGGAUGACCUGUUCAAGACGUGCCCCGCGCCAUCGCCCACUAAUAGCGCUACUGUGGGUAGUCUGGUGGAAGACGACUUUGAUCCACGCGCUGAGGAGCCAGCCGGCGGCGGCGGCGGCGGCGCGGCGGACGGCGACUUCAGCGACUUCACGCGCGCCUUCACCGCCGCGCCCGCCCCGGCCUUCGCCGACUUCACCAGCGCCUUCAACAACAACAACGCGCCCGCCCUCGCUCCCGCCCCCGCGCCCGCCCCUGCGCCCGCGCCGACCUCGAACCUGGACCUGCUGUCAGAGCUGACUCCACCAGCGAACCCCCACAGCAACCCGGACCCGCUGGGCUUCGACCUGGACUCCCUCUCCGGACAGUUCGCCUCCACCACCCUGCAGCCUAUCACUACAGGAGAUACGCCGGAGCUAACAGCCACACAACAUCUACUUACCGAAGCGAUCAAAAGUUUCAUAGAAAAUGUACGAGCCAUCCAACGUGUUAAGAGUCAAGCCGACGUGUUGAAUGUACUCAAUACGAUCGAUAAUGUCAGAAAAUACCUCCCCGGACCAAUUACUGUACAGAAAUUGACCAAAAUGGACGGGAAAAUAUUCAAAAGUGAUAUUAUUGAUCUGUAUUCGCAGUUAUUAGGAACAGUGGUGAGGGUGCUGCUGCCGCAGUGGCCCUCCUUCAAAGAAGAGGUGUACGGUUUGUUCACAAUUGAAGAAGGCUUUAACAUUAGUCAUGAGGUUUUAACUAAUCUAUGCGGAUUUCUCAAAGGUGACCGAAAUAGUAUAGUUUUGGAAGCGUUGGCUUAUGUCACUUUGAAGUAUGCCAAAAGUGAUGCGAUUCUAGCGUCGAUAAUAGAUUGUAGUAGUGUGCUAGUGGAUGAUAAUAAGAGAUAUGUUCUUCAGAAUGAGUGGGAGAGUUAUGUCCAGCUCCUCGCGACCGUCCCAGAGAGAGUCGCCAACAGUCUACAAACUAAAACACCCAAAGAGUUCUCACACGAAAACUACUCGUAUCUACUCAUAUUCCAUAUAAUUCGAUGUAUCGAUUUUAUGUCCGAAAGCAGCUUCCAUAUCGGGAUGCAAUACGAUUUGAACUAUCUAUCACAUUUAACGUCGAAAUUCAUAACAAACUACAGUUUGAGCAACACUCAAGGGAUUUACAAAUUUAUCGAUGUUUUAGUCGCGUGGACAGACAACGAAAACACGGAUCAAUGUCGAUUUGUUCGACGAAAAUUGAUUCAGACGUUACUGAAUCGAUUAAAUCGUCAAGCUAUCGAUAAAUUUGCUCUCUUCCUCCUCAAAAGGAGUCCCAUAAACUACAAAAUCAAAGACCAAGCCAUAAAGCACGUUCUAGGUAACAAUAUAGACACGAAUAAAGACUGGCACGACAUACUAACUUUCCGAAUACCUUUCUACGUCCACCCAAAAGACUUCAGAGAUACGACGAUAGAAGAAAACCUUUUAUAUUAUAUCUCCACCAGCAAAAACUCCGUACAAAUUUUAACUGAUCUUAUCCACAAAUUGUGCAAAACUUGGUCCGAUGUCCAUUUGAAUAACGUAGCGAACAUCGAUCAUCACAUGCACACAUCGAUUUUAUUAGUACUCGCAGUGAAAUAUCGCAUCGUCAUUUGGCGGACGCGGAAAAGUAUGUGGGACUUGUCAGAGAUGAAAAAGGUUCUAUUCAAAGGCAUGUCCAAGCAUUUGGAUGUGAUUUCCCAAGAGUUUAGAUGUGUGGGCAUGGCCACCAUCGAGAUAUUGUUCAAAAUGCUGAUAGAAGUCGACGAUUCCGACAAAAAGGCGGUGGAAUGCUUGAAUUUUGAUUUUGAAGAAUUAGGUCAGCUGUGUUUGGAUAUUUAUAAUACGUUGAAAGCUGUCACGCGUAAAUGUCUUUUAGACGAGAAAGAUAAGCAAACAAAUGGAGAUGUUAGGCAAAUAGAUCUCAAGUCCACUUUGGAUGAAAUUGCAGAGAAAAUUCACAGCGGCCACGUUGAAAAACCCGUACUAAAUACGAUAAUGACGUGUGCGGUCAAAGGUCCGGAGCAAACUAAAGAAAUAGUUAAAACUAUAAUAUCUGCCAAACUAGACGCGUUGGGAAAGGGCGGGAAAACGGAAGAGGACUUAGAUUCUGACGACGACCUGCAGCCCUACGACAUGACCAACGACGUUCCGGUCGCGACCAAGAAAAAACCUAAAUAUUUACGAGAUCUCUUAGAAGUUAUUAAUGAAGCGAAAGAUUUCGACUCUUUCGAGAUGGCUCUAUUGGCCGCGGAGGACUUAGUGAACAAACAAUUGAAAAAUGAAGACGCAAAGCUGGCCAUCGAACUAUUAGAAGUUUUCGUGCACAUGGACGAGAAGUUUCAUGUAGAUAAUUUCAAUAGCAUCAAAUUUAAUACGUCUGUCGCAAUAGUUUGCAUUCAUCCCAAAGUGUCGGCGGAAUAUUUGUGCAAAGAAAUACACGCGGACGUCGGUCGGUACUCGAUUGCGACGAAAAUAUUCAUGCUCGAUGUUUUCACGGAAGCAGUCGAGAGAAUCGCAGAUAUGAAGCCAGAAGUUGAGGAAAUAAUUCCUAAACCUAGCAAAAAGUCUGAACCGAUUGUUAAGGAGCUAUCCCGCGAGGAGAUUCUCCGACGACGUUUGCUAAAAAAGACAAAAUAUUUCCACUCGAAACGACCCCAUCCGUUUUCAAAAGCGAAGAAGAACUUAUUUGCGGCCGUCUCGGACCACUUCUUCUAUCCACUCAUUAGUGGGUUCGGAUAUCGGCAGUUAACAUUAAGCCAUCAUAAUAUGAAGCAAGAUAUUGAUAAUUUGUUGUUACUGCGAUAUCUAUCAGCCGUUGGAACUUUGAUCCUGGCAUCCAAAAAUUGCCCAAAAUGCUCGAUUUACUGUCGAGAAAUUCUGCAAAUGGUUCUUUACUUGCGGUUCACGCCGAAUCCAUCGAUUCAGAUGUCUAUGAUAUCCAUUAUCGCGUCGAUAGCGGUCGCACUGCCUGAGGCUUUGCUGAAGGGAGAGUAUUAUGACGUGAUGAUGGAGCUGACGUCGUGGUUGGUGGACACUCUCACCAACCUCGAACUGACGAACAGGCUCGGUGGGCCUCAGUCCGAGCCCGCACAAUAUGCGACGGAGAUACUGAAUUUACUGGAGAAAGUCUUGGGAGAU